AAUUUUAAAAAAUGCAUAGGAUGAUGUCACAUUUACAUAAUCUCCUUUUUGUUCUUUGACUUUAUUUUAAAAAUUGAUUAGCUUAUGGGACAUUUGCUGCGUUUGUUAUAUUAACCAAUUAAUAGAUUGGAAUUACUUAAAAUGGAAUUGUUUCUGUGUUAAUGGCCAGUUGAUAAAGAUUCAGAGUACAGCUCUUGGGUGAUAGGGAGGGGACCAAUUUUUUGAAACUGAUAUGCUAAAUAUAGUUGAAGUUGUUUCCAUAUAGUUGAAAUUAAUUUCAUGGCAUUUUUGUGCUGCUCACUGCAGAGGUUUGAUAAUAACAUUCUGUGAAGUAUCCAUUGGCCUGUGUACGGUACCAAAGAAUGCUGAGUUAGGUUUUAUGUGGGCUAAUUACAAAGAAAGGACUACCACUCGUCCUGUCGUCCUAGACGUGUUUAUGGCUGAUUGCCCUCACACAAUUGGUGUUGAAUUUGGUACAAGAAUAAUUGAAGUUAGUGGCCAAAAAAUCAAACUGCAGAUUUGGGAUACAGCAGGACAGGAGCGGUUUAGAGCUGUUACACGAAGCUACUACAGAGGAGCUGCAGGUGCACUUAUGGUGUAUGAUAUCACUAGAAGAAGUACAUAUAACCACUUAAGCAGCUGGUUGACAGAUGCAAGGAAUCUCACCAAUCCAAAUACUUGCCACCAUGGCAACUGCACCAUACAACUACUCUUACAUCUUUAAAUAUAUUAUUAUUGGGGAUAUGGGAGUAGGAAAAUCUUGCUUGCUUCAUCAAUUUACAGAAAAAAAAUGUAAGUUCAAUAUUAGUAGCUUUCUGUAUUGUCACACUUAGUGACAUUACAUUAGUAGCUUUCUCU